AUCAGCUGUGUCCAAUCACAGCUGAUCACAUGGAACAUGUACACUGAUCAUCAGGGCACUGAUGAUCAGUGUAGCCCCAGCAGUGCCACCUGUCAGUGCUCAUCAGUGCCACAUGCCAGUGCCCAUUAGUGGCACAUCAAUGCCACAUAUCAGUGCAUACCAGUGCACAUCAAUGCCAUAUAUCAGUGCCCAUCGGAGCUGUCUUUCAGUGUCACCCAUCAAUGCCAAUCAGUGCUGCCAAUCAGUGCCACCUAUCAGUGCCAGUCAGUGCCGCCUAUCA